UAUUUUUUUCUCUCUCAUACUUUUAAUUCAAUCUCUCCUAAAAAUCGAAGACAUCAUCACGUUUUCUAAUUCUACAGAUUCCCAAUUUUUCUUUCUAAAAUUCUUCAAAGAAUUCAACAAAAAAAAAACUUAUAAUGUGUUAAUUUUAUUACUUUUUUGCAAAGUAGUUAAAUAAAAAUUUCCAGAAAUUUUCUUCUUCUUCUUUAAGUGUGAUCGGUCCAUAAAUUCUUUGUCUUUCUCUCUCUAACUUUCUCUCUCCUCCAAAAUUUUCUGCUUACAUUACUUAUUCAUCGGAAAGUUGUCCAUUACACUAAAGUGAUAAAGUAAGUGUUGAUCAUUCAAUGCCUGAUCAUCGGAAAACUCAAACCAAUGGACCUGUUCAUAACAUUCAAGAAGGGGUGGCAAAAAUGAAAAUAGAGAAGAAAGAAGGGGGAGAUAGAGAAUUAAUGGAAUACCCAGAUCGACCAGGAGAGCCAGAUUGUUUAUAUUAUUUGAGGACUGGUUUGUGUGAUUAUGGCACUAAUUGUCGUUUUAAUCACCCUUCUCUUCCUCCUAUUAAGACUCCUCAAGAUAGAAGUGAGCUUCCUCAGCGAGAAGGACAACCUGAUUGUGGAUAUUAUAUGAAAACGGCGACUUGCAAAUAUGGCUCUUCAUGUAAAUACCAUCACCCUCUGGAUAGGCGUGGUGCUGGACAGGUUGCUUUAAAUACUUUAGGUUUACCAAUACGCAAGGAGGAGAAGCCUUGCCCUCAUUAUAUGCGUACUUACGCUUGCAAGUUCGGACCAGCAUGCAAGUUUGAUCAUCCCCAACCUGCGUCGCUUGAGAGUGAUUUACCUAUACCUGGAGCUGCUGCUAUAGGGACAAUGGGAUCUACUUUACCUUCAACUGGCAUUCCUUAUGUAGGCCCGCUUCCACCUUGGCAACUGUCAAGGUCAUCAUAUGUAGCAUCUUCUUGCGUUCCUGGUCCUCAGACAUAUAUGCCUUUUGUCUUCCCGCCUUUGCAAAGUUCUCUUACUGCCCAAAACUGGAAUAAUUAUAUGCAGGGGAACUUGAGAACUAUAUCUUCUUCCAAUAUGAUACUACCAAAUUAUGUUCAUAAUUCUACGAGUCAAGUUACUGGAGGACCAAGCGACUUGGUGAUGCAGGCCUAUUAUAAUCUUCCUGAGAGACCUGAUCAGCCAGAAUGCAGGUUUUUCAUGAGCACUGGCAGUUGUAAAUAUGGUUCGAAUUGUAAAUUUCACCAUCCGAAGGAAAGGAUCGCUUAUAAUUUAGGUCCACACGGUCUCCCCUUUAGACCGGGGAAAGAUCACUGUAGUUACUUCAACUCGUAUGGCUUCUGCAAAUAUGGUCCAACUUGCAAAUACGAUCACCCAAUGUAUGUCAGCUAUUCUCUUGGCAUGCCUCCUGUACCGUUGGUGGAUGUAGGCUUGUUUCCUAAAGCAAGGAAUAUGGUCAUUUCCAACUCAACUGAAACUUCUAACUCGAAAUCAACAAAGAUCACUGACUGGAUUCAGAAACCUGAUACCGUUAUUUCAGAUAAGAAUCGUACCAAAUCUGUGAAAAACUCCGUGGAAGAUCCACAUGAAGAAGUUCAUGAUGAUCAGCCGAAUGCUGCGGUUGCUGUCGAUGCCCCUUCCUCUAAAGUUCCUCUGGAUCAAUCAGACUAACUCUGCUCUACAUUUCUCGGCCAAUUUCCCUCUCUUCGUCGAAGGGGGUGAUUUUUUGGCAUCCUUUUUGCCCAUGUUUACUCAAGAGUCCUACUCUGUAUGUAUGCAAUUCUUGUGCAUGCCUUCUUGUCAUCAUCUUUCUGACCUUGCAAACCUAUAUGGAGUGUUUAUAUACUGUUGCGAGACUUGUGGCUUUAGUGAAAAGCAUGGAAUGAAAGAUGGAUUUUCGGAGUAUAAACAUAUAAGUGCAAGAAAUGUAUGAACGUAGUCGUAAAUUAUUUUUUUUUGUUAAGAGCUACAUCUACAACUAAGAAGCAAAAACUAAGGAUUACAUCUUAAAAAUCCUGCAAAUAUGGUAUAACUGACCCAAAGAGAGGAUAUGUUGAACUGUUCAUCGUAGGGACAUAUAAUAUAUUAGUCUUACGGGCCUGUUCUACACAGCUUAUUUUCAUUUCAGUUCAGUUCUGGACAGUACUUUUACUCUCA